GGGUGGGGGGGUGAGGAUGGGGGAGGAACAAGUGCAAAAGGUGCAUCGUGGCUUGUGUUCCGCCCUGCUCCUGUGUGACCUCUAGCCAUAUGCUGGACUCCUCUGGGCCACAAGCUCCCAGCUGGGAAAAUCCCAAGGCUCCUCGUGUGAGGGUCAGGAGAAGCCUGAGGCUGGUGACUGGGGCCAACCAGCCUGCUGGCAGCAGCGUCCCCUACACGGCCACCCUCUUGGGGGGACAGGACAGAGAAUGCCUGGGUGGGCCCCGGCUCUCAUUGUCACUUAGGAGGUCUGUGGCCCUGGGGGGCAUCCCCACCCCUCUGAGCUGUCACAGCAAUGUGAUAGAUAGGACACCUUGCCUGGGGCUCAGCACAGUCCCUACCGCAGACUGAGUUCCACUGGGACAGCAAAUCCUGGGUCUGAGGCCCCCACAUUCUAGACAUCCCUGAGUCAGGGCACAGAAAGAGCCUCGUCUUCCCAGAGUCCUAAUGCUCAGGCUGCUGACUCCCUCGGCUGGGCCCCUCGGGGUCCCUGGCGACCUAAGAAGCAGUUAACCCCUUCACUUCUCCACCGCAGGGAAGUCUGAGGUGGUUCUAUUCAAGCUUUUCCUUGCAAAGGGUCUUAUUGGGGCCUGCAUCCAGGGCCCGGCCUAGCCCUGGGGCUCUGGAAACGUGAGCGGCAAAGGCAGGGCAGAAUGCCUGACUCUGGCAGCCGAGCCUCCUUGUGAUGGUGUCGGUGUCACCACCCCUGCUAGUGGAACCCAAUCUGCCUCCCCUUCCCCUGCUGCAGGGACGGGGACUGGAGCACGCUUCCACCUCCCUGGUCACAGGAGCACGGGAAGCAAUCAGCCCAGGAAGCCGUGGCGUUUCCUUCCUUUCUCACCAGCCCAUCCGGGCUUGUUGAGAGAACAUGGGCUUGUCCUGUGGAGACUGCAGCUUCUGGAUGUGGGAAGGAGAGCCUUGCAGGCAGGGGGCUUCCAGGCUUGGGACACCUGGGCAUUCCUGGUCCAGGAAAGGACCCAACAGACCUGCAACUCAGAAGCCAAAUGAGACCUCUCCCAGGCAGGUCCGCUCUGCGAUGGCGACUCUCAUACACCUCAUAGAAGUGAGGCAGCGGGGACAGCCGCUGCGGCAGCACUCGAGCCAGCUCCAGCCCGCAGCUCGCAGGGAGAUCCAGCUCCGUCCUGCCUGCAGCAGCCCAACCCUGCACAGCCACCAUGGAUGUCUUCAAGAAGGGCUUCUCCAUCGCCAAGGAGGGCGUGGUGGGUGCGGUGGAGAAGACCAAGCAGGGGGUGACGGAAGCAGCUGAGAAGACCAAGGAGGGGGUCAUGUAUGUGGGAACCAAGACCAAGGAGAAUGUUGUACACAGCGUGACCUCAGUGGCCGAGAAGACCAAGGAGCAGGCCAACGCCGUGAGCGAGGCUGUGGUGAGCAGCGUCAACACUGUGGCCGCCAAGACCGUGGAGGAGGCGGAGAACAUCGCGGUCACCUCCGGGGUGGUGCGCAAGGAGGACUUGAAGCCAUCUGCCCCCCAACAGGAGGGUGAGGCAGCCAAAGAGAAAGAGGAAGUGGCAGAGGAGGCCCAGAGUGGGGGAGACUAGAGGGCUACAGGCCAGUGCGGACGCCCUGAGGAGCGCUCCUCUGCCUUGGACACCAUCCCUUCCUAGCACAAGGAGUGCCCGCCUUGAGUGACCUACGGCUGCCCACGCUCCUGCCCUCGUCCCUGGCCACCCUCGGCCUGUCCACCUGUGCUGCUGCACCGACCUCACUGCCCUCCCUCGGCCCCGCCCGCCCUCUGGUCCUUCUGACCCCACAUAUGCUGCUGUGAGUUUUUUUUUUAAUGAUUCCAAAUAAAACUUGAGCCCACUCCUGC